UUGUUUGACAUGAAAUCCCCUCGCCAUGGCAAUGGCUACAUACCAUUCGAACAAUUGAUCAAACUGGAAAAGGUGGACGAAACCACCUACCGCAGCAGUGCACUACCGUUCUCCCCCAAUGGCUCUGGCAGAGCGUACGGUGGCCAUGUCUAUGCCCAAGCCGUCUGGGCAGCGGCGAACACGGUCGAGGCCGGCUUUGUAAUACAUACCAUCCGGAACGGCCGGUCGUAUUGUACUCGCUUGGUAAACGUCACCCAAGCCGAAGGCGAUGGAAUAUGCUUUACCUGCACCUGUUCAUUCAAAUUGCCCGAGGAAAGUCACUUCGAUGUCCAAGAGAAGAUUGAACUAGAUCAAAAGUAUGGCAUCGUUCUCUUUGGCAAGAAGCCAGAAGACUGGGAGGAAGUUUCGGGCAUGGACGUGCCUUGGGUAGGUUCUGUUCACUCAUUGAUCAGUGAUUCACCAACUCAUUUCGUCCAANNGUACAAUUCUCGUAGGAAACUCACAGGCAGGAACGACGCAUUCCCUGGGCUUGAGUCUCGGAAGGUGGACAUGACACCCUAUAACACUUCACUUUCACCAUUCGACCGUCGCCAACUCUUCUUCUACCGCGCAAUCGGCGACCUACCACCGAAUCCGAACAUUCAUGCUUGCGCGCAUCUAUAUGCAUCCGAUCGCAAUUCGCUCUUCAUAGUAGGACGCCAUUUUGGGAUUAGCGACAAGUUUACACACAUGGCAAGUUUGAGCCACACGGUCGUUUUCCAUAGUCCUGCUUCGCAUAUCAUGCUGCAGGAUCAGUCGGGCAAACAUUGGUUUUGUCAAGAAGUAUGGACGACACGAGCAGGUGGAGGACGAGCAACACACCAUAGUCGCAUCAUCGGACCAGGAGGAACCCAUGUGGCCACGACUUUCCAGGAAGGCAUGAUAAGAGUAGGUCUUGGUGAGAACCAGUAUGAGAAAGCGUAUAAGAAGUCGCUGGAACGUCUCUAG